AUGAAUGACCCCGGGUUAGACGAUGCCAUCGCAGACGAGGCGAAUGCCUUGGAUGAGUUCUCCUCCUCAAGUCGACGGGAGGACAACAGUGCCGCCGCCAGUAAUGAAAAGGCACUUGAACAAACUUCGCAGGAUGCAUUGUCGGCCAGAUGGUGGCUUGCUAGUACUGCGUAUCCACUGGCAGCUGGUACCUUUGGGCCAAUGGCCAGCGCCUUCAACGUUUGUUCCUUGGCCCAGACAUGGCGCAUGGCGCGAGACAGUGAAGGCGGGUACGAGAAUGUGACUGAUCCAAAAUGGGUCAUCUCUGUGAAUGCUCUUUCGUUCUUUUGUGCUAUAGUGGCGAACGUGUUUCUAUCCUUGAAUAUGGCCCGUCGAAUAAGAUUUUCAAUUGCUCAGCCGGUCAUUAUUCUUGGAUGGUUCAUCGCUUCAACACUUCUCAUUGCGAUUAUCAUUCCAUUUGGAGUGACAAUGUACAAACCAGAUAAUACGAAUCGUGUGUUUACUCAAGCAUAUUUUUACGCGAUCUUUGCAGCCAUCACCUACUUUGUUAUUGCAUGUCUCAUGAUAGUCACGGUAUACGGAGCCAGGAAAGGUCAUUACAGUUCUGAAUUCAAACUGAGCAACAGCCAGCGAACCUUAAUGCUCCAGACCAUUAUAUUCUGCUUCUACCUCCUCGCAGGCGCGGCAGUAUACGCGAAGAUCGAAGGCUGGCGUUUUCUAGAUGCAGUUUAUUGGGCUGACUUCACCGUACUCACUAUCGGUGUGGGAAAUUUGGCCCCUGCAACUCACCUUGGUCGUGGACUGCUUUUCCCAUUCGCCAUUGGCGGAGUUGUGGUACUUGGACUUAUCAUCUCGUCAAUCAGAACGUUGAUGUUAGAGCGCGGACGUCAGCAAAUGGCCAAUGCCCUUGCGACACGCACUCGCAAAUUUCUCGUGAAACAAGCAACGUCAGAAAACAAUCGGCUUCGUGGUCUUGUACCGGAUCUCCGACCAAAUGAGGAAGACAAUCAUCGCGACCGACAAAAGCGAGAAUUCAUCACCAUGCAGCGGAUCCGCCAGAUAGCUACUGUGCAACACAAAUGGAUCUCUCUCACGCUGUCCUUAAUAGUAUGGAUGGCUUUGUGGCUUAUCGGCGCGGUAGUAUUCUGGCGGUCGGAAACACACCAGGCAUGGACAUAUUUCGAGUCCCUCUACUUCGCAUACGUCACUCUUCUGACAAUUGGAUACGGUGAUAUUUACCCCAUGAGCAGUCUUGGUAAAUCAUUUUUCGUUUUCUGGUCGCUGCUCGCUGUGCCCACAAUCACUAUUCUCAUCUCGAACAUUGGCGAUACUCUUAUCCAUUUCGUUCGCGAUCUCACUUUAUACGUUGGAGAAAUCACUAUUUUACCAGGUGAUGAACCGUUUCUGGAACGCCUCAAGGAUAUCUUCCGAAUGUCUUGGUCCGACAAAUGGGUUCAGGAAACACUCGGCGAGAAGUCUACCACCCAAGAUGUUCUCAAUAAUCCAGACACAGAUGGUGACCCCGAACAAGCAAACUACCGAGCUCAUCGCGCUCUCGAAACAGAAGAGCAUAUGAAAGAAGACUCAGCGCGGGCUCGGGGCGAUAUCACUGCUGAGAACGUACAUCACUAUCACUAUCUUCUUUUUCGGGAAAUUCGCAAGAUGAUGGAGUAUACACGGAGCAAUCUGUUGAAGGAAUUUGAUUACCUGGAGUGGGAGUAUUAUCUUGCUCUUGUAUCUGGGAAGCAUAAGCCUGCCACGGAUGAUCAAGCUAUGAAUAAGGAGGAUGAAGAAAGAGAGCGGAUGUUUUUUGAGCAGUGGAGUUGGAUUGAUAAGAAGAAUCCCCUGCUUGGAGAGAAGAGCGAGGUUGAGUGGCUACUUAAUGCGUUGACAGAGGCGCUGGAGAGGGAGUUGAAGACUGCUAGUCGGGGCUAUCAUACUCAUCAGCCCGAUGAGCCCGAUGGGUCUAGUGAGGCUACAGCUGGGAGCCAAUCACAGGAGAAAUGA